CCCCCAACCCCGGCCCCAGCACCAGCCUGAGCCCCUGUCCCGGCCCCAGCGCCAUCCUGAGCCACUGUCCCACCCCCGGCCUCCGCCCAGUCUGCACCCACACCCCGCCCUACUGUCCCACCACCCCAGCCAGAGCCAGGCCGGGCCUCAACGCCUCCCCUCACACUGUGGGGCCCACCCUCGCCCCCUAUCUGCCUACAGCAGCAGCCUUAGCCUUAACGGCCUCAGCAGCAGUCGGAGUAGUACCCCGGGCGGUACCAAGCCCCACGGCCCCGCUGGCCCGUCCCCACACCUACCCCAUCACCCGCCAUCCGGCUCAGUCGCUGCAGCAGCAGCCACCGCCUUCCCCCUGCCCAUCCCAGCCAAUCAGAUUGCUCCCCACGGCUUCCCCCCCGCCCUGCAGUCCUCGCCACACCCCCAUCACCCCAAUAUGUUUGCGCCUCCACCGGCCCUGCCCCCACCUCCGCCACUGACGUCUAGCACCCUGCCAGUCCCCGGAGGACACCCCGCCGCUGGGACGCCCUAUUCAGAACAAGACCUGCUGCGCCAGGAGCUCAACAACCGUUUCCUCGCCUCGCAGAGCGCCGACCGCGGGGCCUCCCUGGGCCCGCCCCCGUACCUGCGCACCGAGCACCACCAACACCAGCACCAGCACCAGCAUCAGCACCAACACACCCACCAGCACACCCACCAGCACACCUUCACCCCCUUCUCCCACGCCAUCAUGCCAACCCCUGCACCCCCCAUGGUGCGUACCCCAGCCAGAAAUUUUGAAAAAUUCCCAACAAAAGUUGACCCUUUCUACAGACACAGCCUGUUCCACUCCUACCCCCCGGGCGUGUCCGGCAUUCCACCGGUGAUCCCUCCGACCGGGCCCUUUGGCUCUCUGCAGGGGGCCUUCCAGCCCAAGACUUCUAACCCACUGGAUGUGGCCUCAAGACCUGGAGCAGUCCCACACACACUCUUACAGAAGGACCCCAGGUUAACGGAUCCGUUUCGGCCCAUUCUCAGGAAACCAGGGAAGUGGUGUGCCAUGCAUGUCCAUAUGGCCUGGCAGAUCUACCACCACCAACAGAAAGUUAAGCAGCAGAUGCAGGUCGACCCGCACAAGCUGGACUUCGGGCUCAAGCCGGAGUUCCUGAGUCGACCCCCUGGCCCCAGCCUCUUUGGCGCAAUGCACCACCACCACGACUUAGCACGUCCCGCCACGCUCUUCUCAGCAGCAGGUUCUACACAUCCUUCAGCCGGACCGUUCGGCCACCCUCCGCACCACCCUGGCAACUUCCUCACCCCUGCACCUCACUUAGAGCCAUUCAGUAGGCCUCCCUCGUUUGGAGGCCUCUCAUCUCUUAGCACAGCAGCCUUCGGUGGGCUUGGAAACCCAGCACUAAAAUCUCUAACAGCGCCUAACUCUGUGUUUGGCCAUAAAGACAACCCCAAUGCACAGCAGCACUUCAACAACAACCACGAGCCGUGGAACCGGCUGCACCGCACGCCGCCCUCCUUCCCCACCCCUCCGCCUUGGCUCAAACCUGCCGACUCGGAGAGGAGCGCCUCAGUCAGCUCCCACGAGAGAGACAGAGACUUAGACAAGCGAGACACGUCCUCCAUCAACAAAGACGACAAGGAGAGGGAAGCCAUGGAGAAGCGUCAACAGAGCCAUCCGUCCCCAGUCCCCAUUAACCCCAUCAGCCUGCUGGGUCACAGCCGUCCCCCAGAGCCCCAAAAGAACCACCUGCCCCCCAGCGAACCCCCCAGGGACAAGGACAAGCCCAAAGACCGAGACAGGGACAGGGAGCACCCCGACUCCUGGAAGCUCAACGGCACAGACGAGCACAAACUCAAAGAGAAUCACCACAGCGACAAGGAUACAACACCAAUCAUCCACGACGGGCGGGUGACUGAGGACAAGGCCAACGGCAGAGGAACGACCUCACCCUACAUCCGCCAGACCAGCCUGGACCGGCCCAACGGGGGGCUGGGGAGGGGGGAGAGAGAAGCCCUGAUGGAGAAGAAGGGAGAGCUGCCCUCUCUCUACGAGCACCACAAGAAGAACAACAACGAGGUGAAGGUAAAGGAGGAGAGGAAAGAGGAGCAAGACAGCCAUACAGACAGGGACAGACCCCCCUCUCACCCUCACCUCCACCCACACCUGCCCCAGGUGCCCCCCACGCCCAGCCUCCACACCCACCACCACCCCCCUUCCUCCAUGUCGAUGCCCAUGGGCAUGGCAGGCGUCCACCCAAUGAACAGCAUCAGCGGCCUGGAGAGGACUCGAAUGGUGGCCCCCUUCUUGGGCAUCAGCCCCAUUCCGGGGGCAGAGAGGUUCCCCUACCCAGCAUUCCACUGGGACCCCAUGAGGGACCCCUACAGGGGACUAGACAUCCACAGACGGGACCCUCUGGCCAGGGACCUGCUGCUGAGAAACGACCCCCUGCAUCGGCUGGCCGGGCAGCGCCUCUARGAGGCAGAACGCUCCUACAGGGACCGAGAAGCUCAUGACUUUAACCGCGACCACCACCACCCUCUAGCCCUGGAGCAGCGCCGGGAGCAGGAGGCCCGGGCACACUUGGAGGAGCGUGAGCGGUUGCACAUGCUCAGAGAAGACUACGAGCACGGCCGCCUGCAUGCCGCCAUGCACCACCCGGCCCUGGACGGCCACCUGCCACACCACCACGCUGGCCUCAUGAUCCCCGGAUUACCCAGCAUGCACUACCCCAGGGUCAGCCCUUCGGCCGCCGCUGCAGCUCACGCCGCCCACCAGAACGGUAUCCUGAACAAAACCCCGCCCACAGCCUCCCUGAGUGCUCCGCCCCCCCUCAUCCCCACGCUGGGUGCCAGGCCUGGCUCCCCCAGACGGACUACGCCCCUCACCACAGACAUCAGAGAUAGACCAUCAGCACACAACCACAAAGACAUAGAGGCACGGUGAGCAGAGUGGGGCGCAAUCCUAACCCUGGAUUGGAGGCAGACUACAGGCAUACUCUGACCUGUGCCUCACACCAAGCACUUAGCUUUGGAAACAGCAGACUGUACCAUAGCUGUGAAUAAUAUGUGGGGGAGAACACUCACAGAUUAUGUUUUUGUACAAUUUUUUAAAACUCGGGGGGGGG